GGAGGGCGGAGCAAGCGGAGUCAUAAAGCCAAAAUACUGAGAACGAAAGUGAAAGUGGCUCUGAGUCUGCAGCUCAACUCGGUGCAACGCGGACACGAUCGCAGUAGGCUACAGGCGUGAUGGACCCUGAUCCAGAUGGGAAGAAGAAUAGGAGCAGAGACUCCAAAGGGGGCGUGUCUUCAUCUGACACUGACAGUGUCCAGCAGGGGGCGUCAGACACAGAGUCCAAGAGGCCAGAUGGGACCCGGGUCAGAGGACAGAGGGACUCUACUGCAGGACACAGAUGGACACCAGAGGAGGCAGAGGUCCAUGAGAAACAUCGAUCAACACUGAAGAGCAAGUUUCAGCAUCUGAAUGAGGGAGUACCUAAUCAGGGAGAAACCAGACUCCUCCAUGAGAUCUACACAGACCUCUACAUCAUAGAGGGGGAAAGAGGAGGGGUCAAUGAUGAACAUGAGGUCAGACAGAUAGAGAGAGCAUCCUGGAGAGAAGCAGCACAAAGCAGGCCAAUCAAAUGCAGUGACCUCUUUAAACCCUUCUCUGGACAUCACAAACCCAUCAGAACAGUGCUGACAAAAGGAGUGGCUGGCAUUGGGAAAACAGUCUCUGUGCAGAAGUUCAUCCUGGACUGGACUGAAGGAGAAACCAAUCAGGAUGUCCACUUCAUAUUUCCUCUUCCUUUCCGAGAGUUGAACCUGAUGAUGGACAAGCAGCUUAGUCUGGUGGAGCUUCUUCAACACUUUUUCCCAGAAAUAAAAGAUUUGAAAAUCCUCACCAACUCAAAGCACAAAGUCAUGUUCAUCUUUGAUGGUCUUGAUGAGUGUCGACUUCCUCUAGAUUUCCGUUCCAACCUGAGUUGUUGUGAUGUGACAGAGCCAGUUUCAGUGAAUGUACUGCUGACAAACCUUAUCAAGAGAAAUCUGCUUCCCUCUGCUCUUCUCUGGAUUACCACCCGACCAGCAGCAGCCAGUCAGAUCCCUCCUGAAUAUGUGGAUCAGGUGACCGAAAUAAGGGGAUUCAAUGGCCCACGGAAAGAGGAGUACUUCAAGAAGUACUUUAAAACAAGAACCAGUGAUGAGAACCUGGCCAGCAGAACCAUCACACACCUGAAGUCAUCCAGGAGCCUCUACAUCAUGUGCCACAUUCCAGUCUUUUGCUGGAUUUCAGCCACUGUGGUAGAGAGAGCAUCAUUUGAAUCAGAAAAAGUAGGAAUGCCUAGAACUCUCACUCAAAUGUACACUCACUUCCUGAUCAUUCAGACAAGCAUAACAAAUGUCAAGUACACAGAGAGAAAAGAGACAGAUGAAGAGAUAGUUUUCAAACUGGCGAAGAUGGCUUUCCAGCAGCUGGAGAAGGGUAAUCUGAUCUUCUAUGAGGAAGACCUGAGAGAAUGUGGCAUUAAUGUUGCAGAAGCAUCAGUGUACUCAGGAGUGUGUACUCAGAUCUUCAGAGAGGAGUAUGGGCUGUACCAGGGGAAGGUGUUCAGCUUUGUGCAUCUAAGCAUUCAAGAGUUUCUUGCAGCUGUUUAUGUGUUCCUCUGCUUCAGACACACAGAGAGAAGCAUGUCUGACCAACAGCAAACCUCUCAGCUCUCUGCUCUGUUCAGAGCUGCAACACUGCAUGAUCUACACAAGACUGCAGUGAACCUGGCCUUACAGAGUGAGAACGGACAUCUGGACCUUUUCCUCCGCUUCCUUUUGGGCCUCUCACUGGAGUCCAAUCAGGAACUCUUAAUGCACCUACUGACACAGACAAGAAGUCAACCACAGAGCUAUGAACAAACAGUCCAGUAUAUCAAACAGAAGAUCAGAGAUGAAGAUGAUUCAGACAGAAAGAUCAAUCUGUUCUACUGUCUGAAUGAGCUGAACCACCAUGCUGUAGUGGAGGUGAUUGACAAGAGCUCUGGAACUCUGUCUGUAGACACACUCCUACCAGGAAAGUGGGAGACUAGCAGAUUUGAGUUUAAGAUUCCAGAGGAGCAGCUGGAUGAGUUUGACCUGCAGAAGUACAUAAAGACACCAGAGACUGAUGAGACUGAACUCCUCAGUCCAGAUGAAGUUCUUCAGAGGCUGCUUCCAGUGGUCACAUCAGCACGGCUGAGUAAGUGUUCCCUCACAGAGAAGAGCUGUGCUGCGAUAGCGUCAGCUGCCAGAUCAAACUCCUGCAGUUUGAAGGAGCUGAACCUGCGUAACAAUAAGCUUCAUGAUGCAGGAGUUCAGCAUAUCUCAGAGCUCCUCAAGAAUCCCCACUGCAAACUGGAGACACUAGAGCUGGAUUAUUGUUCCCUCACAGAGAAGAGCUGUGCUGCGAUAGCGUCAGCUGCCAGAUCAAACUCCUGCAGUUUGAAGGAGCUGAACCUGAGUCACAAUAAGCCUCAUGAUGCAGGAGUUCAGCAUCUCUCAGAGCUCCUCAAGAAUCCCCACUGCAAACUGGAGAAACUAGAGCUGAGCAGUUGUUCCCUCACAGAGAAGAGCUGUGCUGUGAUAGCGUCAGCUGCCAGAUCAAACUCCUGCAGUUUGAAGGAGCUGGACCUGAGUGACAAUUAUCUUCAUGAUGCAGGAGUUCAGCAUCUCUCAGAGCUCCUCAAGAAUCCCCACUGCAAACUGGAGAAACUAAAGCUGGUUUAUUGUUCCCUCACAGAGAAGAGCUGUGCUGUGAUAGCGUCAGCUGCCAGAUCAAACUCCUGCAGUUUGAAGGAGCUGGACCUGAGUUACAAUAAGCUUCAUGAUGCAGGAGUUCAGCAUCUCUCAGAGCUCCUCAAGAAUCCCCACUGCAAACUGGAGAAACUAGUGCUGAUUGGUUGUUCCCUCACAGAGAAGAGCUGUGCUGUGAUAGCGUCAGCUGUCAGAUCAAACUCCUGCAGUUUGAAGGAGCUGAACCUGAGUUACAAUAAGCUUCAUGAUGCAGGAGUUCAGCAUCUCUCAGAGCUCCUCAAGAAUCCCCACUGCAAACUGGAGACACUAGAGCUGGGUGGUUGUUCCCUCACAGAGAAGAGCUGUGCUGCGAUAGCGUCAGCUGCCACAUCAAACUCCUGCAGUUUGAAGGAGCUGAACCUGAGUGACAAUGAGCUUCAUGAUGCAGGAGUUCAGCAUCUCUCAGAGCUCCUCAAGAAUCCCCACUGCAAACUGGAGAAACUAGAAGUGACUGGUCGUACCUUCCUAAAGGAGAGUCCAGCAGCAGCAGCAGCCUCUGCUAGCAGCUCCCACUCAGAUGCUGCAGAGCUGCACCUCAGAGACAAAGUCCAGCAGGACCCAGGAGCACAGCUGCUCUCUCUGGACACUCACACGGAGGAUCACCACAUGGAUGCCCCUCAGCGGAGCUGUGAAUCCUGUGCUGAAGUUCCAGACUCCAGCCACUGGGUCCUGGUGAAGCCUGAAGUCUCCACAGAGGAGAGCGUCUCCAUCUACAGCCUGAGUUCUCCUGCAGGGAGCUAUGAGUGCCCAGAGUCUGGUCUGCGCUGGACGUGUGCUGGUCCAGUCACCCUGCAGUACCGCUUCAUAGACUGGCAUCUCUUGGCUGAUGAGCUGCCCCAUAUGCAGUACAGACCAGCUGGACCUUCAAUGGACAUUAAAGUCAUCUCAGGAGAGCUGGAGGAGAUCCACCUGCCACAUUUCCUCUGUUUGGGAGGUAGCCCGUCUUCCCUGAAGGAUGCUGUGGAGGUUCUGCAUAAGCAGGACAGUGGAGUGUUGAUAGAGAAGUGUGAGCUGAGUCGCUUCCAUGCCAAGCUUGUGAACCCCUCCUUCUCUCUUCUUGGGCCCUUCUACUCUUUGGUGUCUCUCUUUCGCCCAGGGAAGGGGGAAGAGAGAGAGAAACAGCUGAAGAUCCAUGCAGAUGUUCAGGUCUAUCAGAGCAGCACAGUGCCCCUCACUUUCCGCACGUACCUUCUGCCAGAGGAUGCCCAGCUCAGGAAGUUAUUGGAGGACCAGGAGGAAUCAUACCGAGGUCACAACCUCAAGAAGCCCCGGCCUGUGAGACCUCUUCAGAUGCACGAGUUCUAUGCUUUGCAGACUGACUGCAACUCCAUGAUUAACCCAGUAGAUCUGGAUCUCAGAUACAGCUCCAUUGCUCCCAACUUCUUUGAGGUGUCCAUAAGUGAAGCGUCUGAUUUCAGCAUGGAGCUCCUCAGCUGUGCAGACCAACAGAGAAUCUGGCUUGCAGGGGUCAAGAAAACAGAGUGCCGCUUGGACAAUCCCCACCAGAGCAGUGACAGCUCAUCGGCUGCAAAAUUCCUCAGAAGGCACCGGUCAAAUCUGGUCCAGAGGGUGAAGAAUGUGAUGCCGAUAGCCGAUGAGAUGUUCUCCCAAGGUCACGUCAGAGAAGAAGAUUACGCAAACAUCAGGGUGGCAACCCCAGAGCAGGAGAAGAUGAGGCGGAUGCUGGAUUGUUGCAGCACUUCAGCACAGGGGGCGCUACUCAAUAUCCUUCAGAGGGAAUGCCCUGACCUGAUGGAAGAGUUGGGACAACCAGCAGUAGGACUGUAGGAUAUCCUAGAUGGGAACGCCCUGACCUGAUGGAAGAGUUGGGACAACCAGCAGUAGGACUGUAGGAUAUCCUAGAUGGGAACGCCCUGACCUGAUGGAAGAGUUAGGACAACCAGCAGUAGGACUGUAGGAUAUCCUAGAUGGGAACGAUGUUGUUAAUUACUUUUGAACUGUAGGAUAUCCUUGAUGGGAACAGUGUUGUUAAUUACUUUUGAACUGUAGGAUAUCCUUGAUGGGAACGGUGUUGUUAAGAGUCAUUGCACGAGAAAACCAGGCAGAACAAGCAGGAGGUGGGAAG